AUGACGGCCCCGACGCAUAUCCUUUUCGAAUCCUCUAGUGGAUAUGCGCUCUUCUCGUCAAGGAAACAUGCAGAUGUCCAAAACUCCAUUCGGGAUGCCUUCAAGUUCGGGAAGAUGGUCGAGCUACGGUCUUUCGCGCCUUUCAAAACGGCUGCUCACGCAUUAGAAAAUGCUAAUGACAUUUCAGAAGGCAUUGUGAAUGACUACUUGAAGGAACUUCUUGAACUCAAUCUUUUGAAGUCGAAAUCAAAUGAGCCCAUAGUCUUGGGCGUUUCUGAUAAAAACCUUGCUUCGUCACUCAGUGCUACUCUCGGCAUCAACUGCGAUACAUCCCCCCGUUCUCUUGAGCUCAUUCGAGGCAUACGUCUUCACGCAGAAAGACUUCUCCGGGGUUUGCAAGCGGGAGACCUCGCAAAAGCUCAGCUGGGUCUUGGUCACGCCUAUUCGCGGGGGAAAGUCAAGUUCAACGUCCACCGUGCCGACAAUAUGAUCAUCCAAGCUAUCUCGCUUCUUGACCAGCUCGACAAAGACGUCAACACGUUUCAUAUGCGUAUCAGGGAAUGGUAUGGAUAUACCUUCCCUGAACUUGCCAAGAUUGUGCCCGACAGCUUGUCGUAUGCUCGUGCCGUCCGCUUCAUCGGGUCCAAGUCGACAUUAAAUGAGUCGAAGCUUGAUGAUUUGACGGACAUUCUUGGGGGCGACGCGACAUUGGCCAAGAACAUUUUGGAUGCUGCCCGCACAAGCAUGGGGUCAGACUUGAACGAGAUUGACGCCAUCAACAUCAAUCAUUUCGCGGAGCGGACUAUUGGCCUUGCGGAGUACCGUCAUGGGUUGGUCGUUUACUUGUCCGAGAAGAUGCACGCUGUUGCACCAAGCUUGUCGGCUCUUCUUGGCGAGCGGCUUGGGGCGCGUUUGAUUUCGCAUGCUGGCUCGCUGACCAACUUGAGCAAGUACCCGGCGAGUACAGUUCAGAUUCUUGGGGCAGAAAAGGCACUCUUCCGUGCCUUGAAGACUAAAGGCAAAACUCCCAAGUUUGGUCUUCUUUAUCACUCUCCUUUCAUCUCUCGAGCCAAGGCCAAUCACAAGGGUCGCAUCUCCCGCUUACUUGCGAACAAGUGUUCGAUAGCAUCUCGUAUCGACUGCUUCUCUGAGAAGCCGACAAUUAAGUUCGGUGACGCUCUCCGGCAACAAGUUGAGGAGCGUCUCCAGUUCUACGAGUCUGGGGUACCACCGUCAAAGAACUCAGAUGUGAUGCAGCAGGUGCUGAAAGAAAUUGGUGAGGAUGAGGAAAGUGACACGGAGAUGGCCGAACCAGAACCUCCAAAGGUAAAUGGGAAAGGAAAAAAGGGAAAGGAGAAGGCUGAGAAGAAAAAGAAAAAGCGGGAUAGCGAUGGUCAUGAGAGACCCGAGAAGAAAAGGGGCAAGGAGGGUUCUGAGAAGAAGGAUGAGGAGAGUCCUGUGAAGAAGCGGAAACGCGAAGAGGUUGAGGAAGAAAAUGAGCCGUCACCGAAAAAAUUGUCAAAGGACGAGAAAAAGGCCGCCAAACGGGCCGAAAAGGCAGCAGCCAAUGCGGAGCCAUCUCCUGAAAAGAAGAAGCACAAAAAAGAUAAGGAUCGGGAGCGGGAGUCAAAGAAGCGACGAAAGAGCGAAACUGCAUAACUUUUUUUCACCCGGUUUGCUGUCUUUGUUUAGCUCUUGGCUUUUGCUGUAUAUUGCAUAUUAUUGUGCUUCCUCUUUUAAUCAUGAAGAUGCUUGCUUUUGACGAUGGAAUGCAAUUGUGCAACUGGAUGAUGAUGACAGCCAUUCCAUCCCCGUGGCAGCGGGGCUAUCCGUUCGAUCCACCGUGGCAUAGGGAAGGAUCGUUAGGAGCCGCUGGUUGAUGUAACUGGGGGUGCAUUCGACAUCGACCCCUGAGUGACAAGCUUAUGGCGGG